AUCGCAUGAAGCCGUGUUGUAAGAAGGAUGUACGCUGGCGCUCUUCGAGUGCCCGUUGGCAACCUCAGAAGUCGCCGCAAAAGCAGUUUAACUGGUCUCAGCGCCUUGGGACAAAAAUGGGUUCGGGCUACGGCGCGUCUAAGCGGGAGCCGCAAGAGGUCCAAACGGUUGGUCCUAAACGUAGGAGGCACGCACUUCGAGGUAUCCAAGCACCUUUUAGACUUGUACCCGAACACACUACUAGGUAGCCCGGAGAGAGAAUUCUUUUACGAUUUUGAGAAAAACGAAUACGUCUUUGACCGCGAUCCUCAAGUCUUCAGACACGUACUGAAUUACUAUCGCACCGGUAAGCUGCAUUAUCCAGAGGAUGAGAGGCUACUGGCUUACGAACAAGAUUUAUCGUUCUUUGGCAUUGACGAACAAGAUCUCGGACAUAUGAUCAGCCCGUGCUGUAGAGAAGCUUAUCUGGAUAAAAAGGACGCACUCAUCCAGUUUCAACCACUCAUCGACCAGUACAAACCGCUUCCUGAACCGACAUGUUUCAGGGAGAGUUUAUGGUACUCUAUGGAAAACCCUCAUCGAGGAGCGUUUGGUGUAGCAUUCUUCUAUGUCACAAUGUUUUUCAUCGUUAUAUCCAUUGCGUCAAACAUUAUUGAAACAUCGUACUGCCCUGGACCUAACGAGGAUCAGUACAUGUUCUGUGGACAGAGAUAUCCGCUGACGUUUGCGGCCAUAGAGUCGGCGAGUGCCUUAGUCUUUACAGUAGAGUAUAUCCUUCGGCUAUUCGCCUCACCCGACAGGUGGUCUCACGUAUGGAAAGCAAUGAGUAUCAUCGAUCUCCUCAGCAUCCUGCCGUACUACGCGACCGUGUGCCUACCGAAGGACUCAGACCUCAACGGAGCCUUCGUCACCAUGAGAGCUCUCCGCGUGUUCCGAGUCUUUAAACUCUCUCGUACGUCUCACAACCUAAGACUUUUGGGCUACGUUUUAAGGUAUUGCAUGAAAGAUCUGAGUUUUCUCUUCUUCUCACUGGUCAUGACUAUGGUAAUAUUUUCCACAAUACUUUAUUACGUCGAGCGAGGAAGUACUGAUACUUUGUUCACAUCGGUUCCGGCAACGUUCUGGUAUGUGGUCGUGACGAUGACGACUUUGGGGUACGGUGAAAUGGUGGCAGAAUCUUCCUUAGGGAAAAUCGUGACAGGACUUUGUUGCGUGUUUUCGGUACUGCUAUUAACACUUCCGGUUACUGUAGUCGUGUCGAACUUUAACAACCUCUACAAGCCGGAGAAGUUGAAGAAAGAAGGCGUUUUCUCACCCAAACGGAAAAGAUGUACAGGUCCAAGGUUAGGAAAGAAGGAGUUCAAAAUGUUCCAAGCGCAGCACAAGCACUUAUUGAAGUGCAUGGAAACCGCCACCGAUAGGAAACUUCCCGGACUUGUUUUACGAUAUAGUUACGGAAACGAGUUGAGGAUAGAUGACGAGGACGAUGAGCUUGAACAAGAUCUAUUAAAACAUCCCGGACUGUGCCCUUCAAGAGGCAACACACCCUGA